CUCGAACCCUUUUCGUCUCCUGAUCCUUUCCCUUUUCGGCACACGAGGCUAAUCGGGUGUCAUUGCGCGCGUCGUCAGUAUAGGAAGCCACCGCGCAUUAUUGCCAAAUCCCCCGCUUGGCUGACACUCUUUGCUGUGAAGCGAGCGACACACCCCCCAGUCUUUGUCGCCCAAACCUAG